AUGUCCAGAGAAAGAGGAAAGGACAUAGCUGAAGGAUCUAGUGAGAAUCAACAGCCAGCAACGCCUAGUCGUUAUGAGUCACAGAAGAGAAGGGAUUGGAACACUUUUGGGCAGUACUUGAAGAACCAGAGGCCUCCAGUGCCACUUUCUCAGUGCAAUAGCAACCAUAUCCUAGAUUUUCUUAGAUAUCUUGAUCAGUUUGGCAAGACUAAGGUUCAUCUACAAGGUUGCGUGUUUUAUGGACAGCCUGAGCCCCCUGCUCCUUGUACUUGCCCUCUUAGACAAGCUUGGGGCAGCCUUGAUGCUCUUAUUGGAAGGCUUCGAGCAGCCUAUGAAGAGAACGGAGGCACACCAGAGACAAACCCUUUUGCUAAUGCUUCUAUUCGGGUUUACCUAAGAGAAGUGAGGGACUAUCAAGCAAAGGCAAGGGGGAUCCCGCACAAGAAGAAAAAGAAGAAGCAGAUUUCAAGCAAAGGGGAUGAUGAAUCCAGCUCUGCGAUGCAGUUUUCUUAA